CAGGAUCAUGGUGGGGAGCACGGACGACCCCAGCGUCUUCAGCCUGCCCGACGCCAGGCUCCCUGGGGACAAGGAGUUUGUGUCCUGGCAGCAGGAUUUGGACGACUCUGUAAAGCCCAGCCAGCAGGCCCGGCCCACGGUUAUCCGCUGGUCUGAAGGAGGCAAAGAGGUCUUCAUCUCUGGGUCCUUCAACAAUUGGAGCACCAAGAUCCCACUGAUUAAGAGCCAUAAUGACUUUGUUGCCAUCCUGGACCUCCCCGAGGGGGAGCACCAGUACAAGUUCUUUGUGGAUGGACAGUGGGUUCAUGAUCCAGCAGAGCCUGUGAUUACCAGCCAGCUUGGUACGAUUAAUAAUUUGAUACAUGUGAAGAAAUCUGAUUUCGAAGUGUUUGAUGCCUUAAAGCUAGAUUCUAUGGAAAGCUCUGAGACGGCUUGUCGAGACCUGUCCAGCUCACCCCCAGGGCCUUAUGGUCAAGAAAUGUAUGUGUUUCGAUCUGAGGAGAGAUUUAAAUCCCCGCCCAUCCUCCCUCCUCACCUUCUCCAAGUUAUUCUUAACAAGGAUACCAAUAUUUCUUGUGACCCUGCCUUACUUCCUGAGCCCAACCAUGUUAUGCUGAACCAUCUCUAUGCACUGUCCAUUAAGGACAGCGUGAUGGUCCUUAGCGCAACCCACCGCUACAAGAAGAAGUACGUCACCACGCUGCUGUACAAGCCCGUCUGAAGACGCUGCCCUUCCCCACAGGCCAGCCGGCUCCCUUGCCUCGUAACUGAGCCAGUCUUGUCUCCGACUGGAAGGCUGAUUUGCUUUGAGGCUGAUAAUGUGUGUUCAGAGCCUCCCAGUAGGAGGCUCUGCUUUUGCAUUUGGUUGCAGAUGAGAGCUUUAUGAGUUCAUGGAAUUUAUUUUAAGAUAAAAAAACCCCACAUAUAUGUAUAUAUACAUAUGAGAGGAGGGCUGUGGAAGCUGCCGGGCCCAGCUCCAUGUAUUCUCUCCCCCUCCAGACCUGGUUGGGGACUGCAGGGAGAAGUAGACAGGAAGCUUGUU